AUAUCUCAUGAUGUCUCCCUUCUCGCACGGCCUUCAUGCUGCUAGUUUCUAUCUACUUACUCAAGAGCAACAGAAUAUGACCACGAUACGAUUAUAAAUUCGCUUAGUAUAUAAAGAUGAUCACAGAGGGGCUCACCUUUUUAUGGAAGGGACUGAGAGUUCUUUAUCGCCUGUGCAGGUAAUCGCAUCCCAACUUGGACAGCAUCAUGUCAAGCGGUUUGCAGCAACAGCCCUCUCUCUCUGGCCAGUCUGAGAAGAAGCCUGAUCAGAAUGGGGACCCUGGUCUUGAUGAUGAUGGUGCCAUUACGUUCAACCCCGGUGUCCCAUUUUACAUGGCUUUUUCUUCCCUCGUGGUACUUGCAAUGAUGGUAUCGCUUGAUGGCACCUCUGUUUCAGUAGCGCUUCCGUUGAUUGCCGAAAGCCUCCGUGGAAGCGCAAUUGAAGCGUUCUGGACGGGAACCAGCUUCCUCCUCAGCUCUGCCGUCUUCCAGCCUCCCUUGGCCGCUCUGUCCCAUAUUUUCGGUCGAAUGCCAGUCUUGACCGUAUGCAUCAUCUUUUUCCUUGUUGGCGUCAUUGUCUCCAGUGUCGCAAGCACCUUCGCCCCGAUGCUCGUCGGCCGCACUGUUCAGGGAGUCGGCGGCGGUGGCAUUAUCCUCAUGAGUGAUAUUAUCAUUACCGAUCUUGUACCGAUGCGUCUUCGCGGGACAUACUUUGGAAUUAUUGGUGGUGUUUGGGCGCUGGGCUCUGUCACUGGGCCUGUUAUCGGUGGAGCACUUGCAUCUCAGGCUUCGUGGCGGUGGAUCUUUUGGAUCCUUAUUCCUUUUGCGGCAACAUCCUUGGUUAUUGUACCCUUGUUCAUGAAACUCAACCUAGUCAAGGGCACCAUUGCUGAGAAGCUCCGCCGCAUUGACUGGCUAGGGACUGUAUGGUUCAUUGCCGCCACCACCAGCUUUCUGAUUCCCGUUAGCUGGGGAGGAGUACAGUACCCCUGGGACUCUUGGCGCACCCUAGUACCGUUGAUUGUUGGGGUUGUGGGAUUCGCAGGCUUCAUUGUCUACGAGAACUAUGUGCCACCGGAACCGACAUUCCGCUUGCAUCUCCUGCGCAGCUACAAUAUGGCCUAUUCUCUAUAUGCGACGCUGAUCAACGCAAUGAUUGUUUAUGGUCUGAUAUACUUCCUACCCUUGUACUUUGAAGCUACCAAAGGAUACAAUCCUAUUAUCACCGGAGUCGCCUUGUUUCCUGCUACGUUGACCGUGGCUCCCGCCUCUAUUAUUUCCGGUGCUAUUAUCACCAAAACCGGGGAUUUCAAAAUCAUUACCUGCAUUGCCUGGAUAAUUACAACAUUGGGCCUGGGGGUGAUGAUCCUCCUGGAUGUGGACACCACGAUCCCCCAGUGGAUCUUCCUCACACUGUGUACAGGCAUCGGUCUCGGAAUCCUAUAUACUUCCUUGGCCUUUGUCAACCAAGCGGCGUCCGACGACACGAGUAUGGCAUUUGCAGUUAGCUUCUUCAUCUUUGCCCGGCUGAUCGGUCAAUGUAUUGGCGUUGCCAUUUGCGGCGUCAUCUUCCAGAACCAGAUGAGGGCAAACUUGCUCGCUAUCCCCUCCCUGGCCGACCAGGCUGACGAGUACUCCCGGGAUGCCUCUAGGCUAGUGACCGAGCUAAGAGAGAUGGGCGAUCCCGUGAAAAAGGCGCACCUGAUCUCUGCUUAUGCCGGGUCCCUGCAGAUUGCAUGGGCGGUCAUGUGUGCUCUCAGCGGCUCAGCCAUGAUUGGUAGCUUCUUCGUCCGCAAAAUCAGUUUGGAUAGGGCAUUGAAGACUGAGCAGGGACUGCGCGAGAAGAAGGAACCAACUGCUGACAGACUAGGUACAUCUAGCCCGUAAGGAUUCUGUACCACAAAGACCAUUUGUCUUGACAUUUUGUUGAAGCUUCUCGAUUUUUUUCAUGUUUUAUCACUGGCAUAAAGGGGAUUUGUAGGAAUACAGGUCUCUCACAGGCAGUCUGCGGUCUGGAAAGAAUUUGAUGUGCACCUUAGUGAUUUCUUCAAUUCUACCUAUUAUUGGAAGAAUCCUGGACAAUAGUCACAAUACACAAUACCAUUGUUCCCAGAAGAAAAGUGGAUCGAUCCAUGGUACUACUGCAGUGGGAGCCUCCGAAACUUUAAAUUAUCAGGAAUUCGAUGAGAUACUUUUCAUAGGAAAUAGGAUAUCGUACAACA